CUAUAUAACGUGCCAUUAACGAGAGUGCAGCAGGCAAACACCAGCUCGCACCACCGAGAGAGGAGCAAAUGGGCGAGCAGAACGGCGCGGCAGACGGCCUGGCGAGGUACGAGGUGCUCGCCUCCUCCUUCCCGACGUGCCGAGGCCUCGGGACCUCUCCGUACAGGAAGUUCAACAACUUCUUGUACCCGGCGCACCUGAUGGCGCCGACGCUGGCCAUGCGCGACACGUUCGUCGCGCGCCCGACCGACGUCGUCCUGGCCACCAUGCCCAAGGCCGGCACGACGUGGCUCAAGGCCCUCGUCUACGCCGUCGUCCACCGCGGCCGGCACGCGCCGCGUGAUCGGCGCCACCCGCUGCUCUUGUCCAGCCCGCACGACCUCGUCCCGUUCCUGCACUCCCUCUACCAAAACAGCAGCCAUCCCACGCGCCUCAUCGACGCGAUGCCGUCGCCUCGCACCCUGGCCGUGCACGCGCCCUUGUCGCUCAUGAACGCGUCCGUGGCCGCGUCGAGGUGCCGCGUCGUGUACCUGUGCAGGGACCCCAAGGACGCGCUCGUCUCCUUCUGGCACUACAUCGCGAAGGCCGCCAAGCACCCGGCCGUGCCGGGCUCCUCCCUGGCGCCGUUCCCGGAGGUCUUCGAGCUGUACUGCGACGGCGUGUCGGCGUUCGGGCCCGUGUGGGACCACAUGGCCGAGUACUGGAAGGAGAGCGUGGCGCGGCCGGAGGAGGUCAUGUUCCUCCGGUACGAGCAGCUCAAGGAGGACACCGUGGGGAGCGUCAAGCGGAUGGCGCAGUUCCUCGGCGUCCCUUUCACCGACGACGAGGUGACCCAGCGCGUCCCCGAGGCCGUCGUGUCGCUGUGCGGCAUGGACCGGAUGAAGAGCGUGGAGGCCAACCGCGACGGCGAGCACGGGGGAUCAGGGUGGACGUUCAAGAACUCGGCCUUCUUCAGGAAGGGGGAGGUUGGGGACUGGAAGGAGCUCUUGACGCCCGAGAUGGCGUCGAGGCUUGAUGCCGUCGUGGAGGAGAACCUGCGAGGCUCCGGACUCUCGUUGAUCCGUAACUGAUCACUUGAUCAGAUCAGGACAUCAGGUGGCGCACUGCCGCUGGUACUGCACGAGCAGGUACAAUUUUUUUUUUUUGAUAAUAACGUGCAGGUACCCCUAUAUGUUACCGGGUCGACGGCCCAAGCCCUGCAACGGCCUAUGUAGGAUGGAUGCAUUAUGGCUUCGUUGCCAUGGCAACUUCCUCUGCACCAGACAUCAGGAUAUUACAAGGGCUCAAAACUUUAUUGGGCCUGAGUGCUGCAUAAAAAACUGAUGCAUUUAGCCUGUGCUCGUUCUGUUCUAAGUUGGCGGGUCUUUAAUCAAUCACAUCAGUAUACUAAAGAAAAACCAGUCGCAUGCACUCUAUCUUUCUUUUUUCUUCGGAAAAAAAUAUAAACUCCGAUCUCUGUAUCGAUUGA